UCAGUUUUUUUUAAAAGUUCCUGACAACCCGAACAAAAGACAGCCAAAGCAUUCUUGCUGGCUUAUGCCGACUGAGGACUCGACUGAGACUAAACUGAGGAAGCACGUCUCGCAGAACAAUAGCACCGCACAAAGAUCCAGUCCGAGCAACAACACCUCCUUAUUUUUCGUGUACCACACUACUAUAACAACAGAACCUCCUGUUGCGCUAUUCGCUGAAGCCCGCUCAGCUUGAAUAGCUAGAGCCGGCUUGGGUCUAUCUAUCUGUCUAACAUGUUCCGUAAUCUCAAGAAGAGAAGCGUGGAAAUGCCGAGAAGGGGACAGGGCAAGGCUCCAAAGAAUGAGCAUCCGUCAAGGGGCGGUCUGUCACUCGUGGACUUGAGCGAUGAAGUUCUGUUGAGUCUAUUGGAGCAGUACUUGGAUGUGGCUUCUUUGGCAUUGGUAGGCAGGACCUGUCGGCGUCUAUAUAGCCUGUCACGGAAAGAAUCGCUCUGGGAGCCUCAUCUGGAGCCAUUUCUUGGGUCUCGUGAACUGCCACCGGCACGAGUACAACAGGCGAUCGAAAAUGAUGGGCCUGCAAAGCUCUACGGCCUUUUGCUUCAACCCAAAGAUGACGCAGUGUGGAAGUGUAAGGCUUGUGGCGACUCUCUCAAAAGUACUACUACUUCCACCACCAGCAACAACAAUGAGCAGCAACAACAACAAAGGUGUCCUUGUGUGUGCCGUCGAGUGCACAUGCCCUUUAUAGUGAUGGGUUUUACACCCAGACGAUGUGGUUCUUCCUCGCUGGCACACAACUUUGACAGCAUGAGAUCAGAGCUAGAAACACACUUUGCGUUCCAGUUGGAGCUUGUGGAUACGCUACCAACUUUCACAGAGGAACAACAGCAAAAACAAGUGGACAUGCUUAUUUUAUGUACCACAGAAGGACCCGGUCUCAGUGACGAAGAACAGCAGGGCUUGAUUCAUUUUGUGCGAAAUGGUGGAACUGCCGUUGUCACAGCAUUUUCUGAACACAGCCAACAUGGACAUUUCAACCAAAAAUUGGUGGAUUGGCUAGGCAUCGAUGUCAUCCCUCACAGUCCAUUCAUUCGCAGGGCCCGCAAAUCCCGUCUUGCAAGCCUUCCGAAUGGACCAUUUCCAUCAACAGGACAAUUUGUGAAUCUGGGUGAAACCACAUUCCACUCUGGUGGCACGCAUCAUACAUCCAUGUUCUUUCCUCGUGGACACCCACGCACCGGAUUAGGUGAGGUGUUUGUCGUUUCCAACUAUCACUGGAUUGCAGACCGUCAUCAUUGGCAUGGAGGCAGAUUCCAGCGGAACAAGGACAAUCGGCAUUUGUUGCUGAAUUUGGCAGCAAGUGCUGCUGUAUAUCAGGCAUAGUUAUUACCAUACAGUGUACUACCGGUAGGGAAACGAUGCAGCCAAGGUAGUUAGUUGGCUGGCUGGCUGGCUGCGGUGACUAUGGUGCUGGAACGAAUCCAGGUGGAAGGAUUUCUGUUUGGCCGACGAACUCAGGAGCAGCCAAAUCAAACCAUGGCAAUUACAUGUAACAACCAUAAUCUCAAGUUUCAAUGUCUUC